AAGGGAUCAUUCGCUGUUGUUACGUCUCAAAAUGAGUUUACUCUACUUGAUCAAGCUCACCGUUGAAUAUAAAGGAAUACCUCAGAAACAGUUUAUUCAUACCUGGUUAAAACAAGCAAAGGAGUCUUUGAAAGCUAAAGAAGAUGGCAGAAUACUACAACUUUGGAAGGUAACUGAAACUGUCCAGUAGAUUUCUCUCAAUUGUUUCUAACCUUUCUUCAGGCCUAGAAUAUUAAUCAAUCUAUUGAUAGAUCAAAAGAAAUAAAUCAUUUUGUUGCCUAGAUUCUUUUUAAACAUGUACAGCAAAACAAGUGGUAUUUCAUAAAAUAUUGAUUUACGAAAGUACCAUCGAGAAGGUUGACUGCUGUGGACGUGUUGAAAAAGAUUAUCUCUAGACCGUGACAUCGGUGGCAAAAAGGUCAUACGUACAAGUAGCUAGGACGAAGAGCUUGAAACCUGUCUGACGAAAACGCUUGCCACAGGGCAGUCAAUUAACUAGGCGCUACCUAUUAAGCGGUCACCCUCUAUCGAGAGGUAAAAUAUCGUUAAAACGCUUCCCAAGAUGGUCAAAAGAGCCGGUAAGAUACCACGACGGCAGCGAUAGCGAAGACGUUAAGUGAGUUCGCGUUUCUUUCUCUAACUUUGUUGCCAAUCCAGCUUAUUAGAGAUCUUUCCCAUGACCCUAGCCUGCGUAACAGGCUCUUGAAAGUAGUGGGCGCAAGAAAGAACGGGAGCGCGACUCUCGUGCGUCCAUUCUUUCUGGCGUCCACUACUUCCAAGCGCCUGCUACGCAGGCUAUCAUAACUCCAACUAGGAACAUCUAUGGAGCAAAAGUCCACUAUGUAAAAUACGCGGUUUGUUUUCCCAUAGGUAACUUUGCCUUAUUCAUUUGGGGCGCGCACGUGAGAAACCAAACAAAACACGAAUUGUUUGACAGAAAGUGUUAAUUUUUAUUGUGACUCAUUAGCAUAUGGUGUUGGAGUUAUGUGAAAGAUCUCUAUUAUCGAUCUAUUAAGCUCAAUUUGUCAAAUGUAAGCGAAUUUAUCUGCAGAUUAUUUCUUAAAUAAUAAUAAAAAAUAAUAAUUCUUUAGAAACUUGUCAAGAAAAUCCUUCGGAGCGUGUUAAGCGUCCUCCAUAAAAAUGCCGUAGUAAGUCUCGUCGUUUCAUAUGACUGAUCGCCGGACUUCUGUGCUCAUACUACCUAGAACUGAACUUGGAAACACGAGGGACUAUCCCAAAGAUUGGAGCAUCGCAAUUGCAAUCGCUUCCAGUCAGAAUUCUCCAGAUGGACUCUGUCACCCUCUGUUACCGUUAAUCUGUUUUUGUACACUACUUUUUCGCUAACGGAGUGGACUUUAUUAGUACCAUUGAAGACAGCUUUCAACAUUAGCAGCUUGUUAGUUGUUUUAUCUUGGCACCUGUUAGAGGUUAAUUGCGAAUUUGAGUUAGAGGUUAAUUGCUAAUUUGAUCUAAGCCCAUAAAACGUGAUUCACCCCUUUUGGGGUUGUUUUAAAAGUUUCACAAGCAUCUACGUCGUUCUUUUUUAGAAAAUUACUCAGCCCUGGACAAGAAUCGUUCCAAGUCCAAAAUUUUGAACCGUUACAUGGGGGUGAGCUUGGUCAGAAAGCUGCGCCUUAAAGAGUAACUUUAUUGAUCCUUAUUGUUGUAUAACAUUCUACUUUAGGUUGUUGGGGAACGCAAGGUACUUUAUGGUGAGUUCUCUAAAUUAACUUGACGUAAAUUUUUGUCUUUAGAUAAAAUUCCUGUUGUAGUCAGGGGCUAGUCACAAAGCAGGACGUGAAAAUUUGACGCUGAUCAAUACACAAUAACUAAAAUCAAGUGUUUUCUCCCCAACUAAGUCCUUAUGGAAGAAAACGCUCCAUUUCGAGCGGCGGGCAAGCGAAACAAUAUUUGAGGUAACUCGAAUACGAGUGAUAAAAUCGUUUCCUUUCACGUGCCACACGUGCGUAACUUAAGUGUUGUUACUGCCGCGUGUAAAGACCAUCUCCACCGAAGGGCCAUAAUCUGAAGGAUGUUCCAAGUAACAUGGAAUGAACCUAAUGUAAUACUGAUUCUUUGCAGUAACUGAAACAAAGGAAAUAAAAACGCUGUUAACAUCCUUUUCACAAUAGGACAACAUCGUUAUUGUGAAAAUGAAACUGGUUUUGCUUGUAGCCUACGAGCAAGCUCUCCUAUUUAGACGAGUGAAACGAGUCUCGCGAGAACGCGCGAGCGAGCGGCGAAGCCGCGAGGGGCAGAGGAAAGGAUAGGCUCCCACGCAGGCGUUUUUAGGGGAGCUCGUAUUUCGUCCCUCCGCACAACUCUCCUAAAAUCGCCUGCGUUCUCGGGAGGCACGCUUCGCUUGCCCAAACAGGAGAGCUUGCUCGCAGGCUAUGCGGCUUGGAAAGGAAAGAUUUUGGUUUUAUGGGCGCCACUCAAUUUAGAAGUAUCAAUUCCAAAACAGCAAACAAUGCACACUGCCACUGAUGCUGUUCAGUAUAGUGGUGAUAAAGACGAUUCAGUCGAGUCAAGAAUAGUUUCCAUCAUUGUUUUUGGCUCAAUAAUCCACUUAUGUCCAGAAAUGCAUGCAAUGGCGAAAAUGGCGAAACUGGCGAAAAAUCGCCAGCUGCUGGCGAUUUGAAUUGGAUGCCAAAAGUGGCCCCUUGGAGGCUGGCGAUUUUGGCGAAAAUGGCGAUUUUGGUGAAAUUGGCGAUUUUGGCAAAAUCGCCAUGCAUGCAAUGGCGAAACUGGCGAAAAAUCACCAGCCUGUGGCGAUUUGAAUUGGAUGCCAAAAGUGGCCCCUUGGAGGCUGGCGAUUUUGGCGAAAUUGGCGAUUUUGGCAAAAAUCGCCAGAGGGCUGGCGAUAUGUGGCAAAAUAUUCAAAUUGGAUGCCAAAAGUGGCCCCUUCAAAGUGGAUAACUAAAGAGAUCCUUAUAACUGUGAGGCAACAGUACUAAAAAAAAGUUAAAAUUACUUGCCAAAUAAGAGGCCCCAAUAACUGUGAGGCAACAUUUAUCAAAUACAACUGAAUCAAAUAUAUGACAAAACAGCUUUACCUAACUGUCAAACAACAUUAUUUUAUUAAAUACAAGUGAAUCAAAUAUAUCUGAAAACAACAAAUGGAAGUCGUUUCAGUUAAGCUAAUAUGUAUUUGUGCCAUGUACUUCACAGGUUAAGUAAACAUUUCCUUACUUUCGAUGUCGCUUGACUUACCAAAAGUGAUGUGAUGCGCUGAAAUAUCACACUAGCAUCAUUUGCUUUUGUAUGGUUCAUUCAUUUCCAAGACUCACAAGUCCACUAAUUACUCGAGGAGAGAACUACCAAGUCCUUGAAAUCAUAAUAAUUCCUUGCCAUGGACACUCUAACUUUUGAGGUUCGAUGUAGACCUUAACAAUCUUAACUGGUUACAAUUCUCUUCACAUUGGUUCCAUUAAAUUGUGAGGCAGCCUUAAAUCAAAAGCGAUUGCGAAACGCAUGGUUCCUGGCUAAAAGAUGCUUUCACGAUAACCAUUGUGCGCCCUUCAUUCUUUUUUUGGUUCUCCACUAUACACAUUAUCUUCUUCCGUCGUUUUAAACUCUUCACUUUCUUCUCGCACUUACUUGUUUUGCUCUUUAGAGAAAUGGUCCCCUAAAAGUAACGAAAGCCGAAAUGUCCAGCAGCUUGCAUGCGCCAUUUUGAAAUGUGUGAAUUCGCUUAUUUCCACUUUAUGUAAACCUGCACGAAAUGUCACUUGUGCCCCAUAUUUCACCGCAUUUAUUGAACAUACACAUUGGAUCAAAGUAAUAACUUGUUUGUCUCUUUCAUAAAACAUAUCCCAUUCAAACUAAUUCUGUAUCUUUUCAUCAACCUAGAUAUAUAAAAAGAGAGUGUACAUGUUUGUCUCGUUCUUAAAAAAUGUGUCCCAUUAUUGCUUUAUGAGGUGGGGCCAGAAAUUUAGAAAAUGUAUUGUUUUUUUGCGCUGAGACCACCAAACCAAUUCUCAGUACAAUAUGUUUUCCAUUAAAUUGCUAAUGCUAAUGCUCGUCGAAACACGUCACCCGGCCUUUUUACCUUCUAUUUUAACAAUUGCCUGAGAGUCCCUGUGAACGACAUUAAUCGUUUUGCUUACAUAGAGCGACCACCAAAUUCGGCUGGGAAUGACACUAAUCGUUUCCACUUACAUAAAGUAGUUAUCCAAAAUCGACUAUUUCAACAUGGCCGCCGCGUCUAUAUAACAACUACUAAACCUUACACGUUCAUGUUCUGUGAAACUGCAAUGAACCAGCUCGUUUAUAUAUACUUGUACGAUUGAACGCCAUUAUAACAAACAGGAUGGAUAUACAAGGCAAUACGGACCAUCUAAUUAUCUGAAUGCGUAGCCAAGAAUCAACCUGGAUUCCUCAUAACAUAUAAUGUUGAACUGUCGCUAUUCAAACAAUGCCUACAAGCCUGGAAAAUUAAGGAUACCUAUCUUGGAGUUUUUGGUAAGAAAGUUGCCAUGAACAUUACGAAGAUUACCAUUUACUGAUAAUCGAAUACAACUCGUUGGCCAUUCGAUUUGAAUUGAGCAAGAAAUUAGUUACAAGUGGUAAUUCCCGACCAAACACUCUUGUCUGGGACGAAUUUCAAAUCACAAGAGGUUAUCAAUUAAAGGUAAAAGCAUUAAAAACAGAUUAAUGACACUUACGUUACAGUAGCGUUGUCAUUAUUAGUAUACAAUUAUACUAUUGGAAACAUUUUUAUAUUAAUAUGUUGUUAACUAUUUGGCAAUUAAUAGCCAUUUCAAAAGGGACCCUUUGCUAUGUCAUUUCAAUUUGUCUUGAUAAAUUAGGUAUUUCAUCGAGUAAUUGCCAUUUCUGCCAAAACACGUUUUAAGAACGAGGCCAACAGGCACUCUAAUUUUUUUUUUCAUUUGUGGCUGAUGAAAAGAUACAAGAUUAGUGCACGCCAUUUUCGCCAAAAUCGUCACUUUCCAAAGGACCCCUUUGGCAUCUCAUUUGCAUUUUUGUUUAUAAUUUGGCGAUUUCGGCGAUUAAUCGCCAUUUUCGCCAAAUACGCCAUUUUCGCCAAUAUCGCCACUUUCCAAAGGGCCCCUUUGCCAUCGUGUUUGAAUUUUUGUUUACAGUUUAGCGUAUUUGGCGAUUAAUUGCCAUUUCUGGCAUCUUCGCCGAAAUCGCCACUUUCCAAAGGGCCCCUUUCCCAUCUCAUUUGAAUUUUUGUUGACAGUUUGGCGAUUAAUUGCCAUUUCUGCCAUUUUCGCCAAAUACGCCAUUUUCGCCAUAAUCGUCACUUUCCAAAGGGCCCCUUUGCCAUCUCAUUUGAAUUUUUGUUUAUUAUAUAGUUUGGCGAUUUUGGCGAUUAAUUGCCAUUUCUGCCAUUUUCGCCAAAUACGCCAUUUUCGCCAAAAUCGCCACUUGGCAAAGGGCCCCUUUGCCAUCUCAUUUGAAUUUUUGUUUACAGUUUGGCGAUUUUGGCGAUUAAGCGCCAUUUCUGCCAUUUUCGCCAAAUACGCCAUAAUCGCCACUUUCCAAAGGGCCCCUUUGCCAUCUCAUUUGAAUUUUUGUUUAUAGUUUGGUGAUUUUGGUGAUUAAUUACCAUUUCUGCCAUUUUCAACAAAUACGCCAUUUUCGCCAAAAUCGCCACUUGGCAAAGGGCCCCUUUGCCAUCUCAUUUGAAUUUUUGUUUAUAGUUUGGCGAUUUUGGCGAUUAAUUGCCAUUUCUGCCAUUUUCGCCAAAUAUGCCAUUUUCGCCGAAAUCGCCACUUUCCAAAGGGCCCCUUUGCCAUCUCAUUUGAAUUUUUGUUUACAGUUUGGCGAUUUUUGGCGAUUAAGCGCCAUUUCUGCCAUUUUCGCCAAAUACGCCAUUUUCGCCGAAAUCGCCACUUUCCAAAGGGCCCCUUUUCCAUCUCAUUUGAAUUUUUGUUUACAGUUUGGCGAUUUUGGCGAUUAAUUGCCAUUUCUGCCAUUUUCGCCAAAUACGCCAUUUUCGCCAUAAUCGCCACUUUCCAAAGGGCCCCUUUGCUAUCUCAUUUGAAUUUUUGUUUAUUAUAUAGUUUGGCGAUUUUGGCGAUUAAUUGCCAUUUCUGCCAUUUUCGCCAAAUACGCCAUUUUCGCCAAAAUCGCCACUUGGCAAAGGGCCCCUUUGCCAUCUCAUUUGAAUUUUUGUUUACAGUUUGGCGAUUUUGGCGAUUAAGCGCCAUUUCUGCCAUUUUCGCCAAAUACGCCAUUUUACGCCAUUUUCGCCAAAAUCGCCACUUGGCAAAGGGCCCCUUUGCCAUCUCAUUUGAAUUUUUGUUUAUAGUUUGGCGAUUUUGGCGAUUAAUUGCCAUUUCUGCCAUUUUCGCCAAAUACGCCAUUUUCGCCAAAAUCGCCACUUGGCAAAGGGCCCCUUUGCCAUCUCAUUUGAAUUUUUGUUUAUAGUUUGGCGAUUUUGGCGAUUAAUUGCCAUUUCUGCCAUUUUCGCCAAUGCGUGCAUUUCUGGACAUAUCUCCAAUAAUCCCAUGAAAAAGGCCCUAAACAUGUACCUCAAAAGGAAUGUUAUUAGGGCAAUUGCAUUCUCGUCCUCAUUCCGAUCAAGUCCUGUCGUUUCUUGGUCGUGUGGUCUUGAAUUGACGGCCUGCCACUGGUUCAUUACAAAUUGAGGCGAGUUGCUCUGGGGACGAGAAUGCGGCAAUUGAAGCUGAGAUCAGAUUUUGGCGAUUUAAUCCUUAACUUUGUGGAUGACAAAACAACGUUUAACAAAAAUGCGAAUUCUGAAGUUCAAAAGCCAACUGACGAUUGCGUUUUUCGCUGCCGUCAAUCAUCUUAACGGAUCUCUUAGGAAACAAAACUUUACUUUAACGGGUUCAAAAGGUCAUGGUUUGUGAUUUGUGAUUGUUGGAUUUCGAUCCGUUUUGUGUGUUUAUGUGUUUCAAGGUUCGUUGCUUGUGAUGGUAAUUAUGAUUGACGGCAGCGAAAAAUGCAAUUGUGAAGGCGGCUUUUGAACUUUAGAGUUUGUGAGCAUGUUUGUGAAAAGCGCAGUAACCAAGAAAAAUUUCCCCUUUGCUCAUUUUUGUUGUCGUUAGUUCAUUUUUUGCUUUUAUUUGCCAGUUAUGAGAGUAGACGAUCCUGAUGACAUUGACAGAAUGUCAUUCAACCUGCCGAUUGUUAAAGAGAUGGGAGACCAAGUACAGUUAGAAGUGAAACCAUUAAGAGCCUAUGAAGCCUUUGCUACAGAGCUGAAAAGGAAGGUCACUGGAGAAGAGGACGCUUUUCAGGAAUUACCCUCAAUCCCUAGGGCAGGAUUGUUUUACUGGAUAACUAUUACGAUCGAGUAUCCAGGUAAAAUUGGUGUUGCUCAGAUAGAAUGCUAGAUUUAUAAUUAUAUACCAUUAUACAGGUGUUGCUAUGAGUAUCGGUUACAUACCCAGAUAAAAUUGAUUUUUCCGUGAUCCCUUGUACAGUGAGGGCGCGGACCGACCAGCCACGCUGCUAAACCCUGGGCCCUGUUUCACCUGUUUUACUGCCAAACUUCUUAUCUUGUAUAAACGGUGACGGUGAGAACUUGGUAAUGUCUUUUAAACCUCUAGAACAAGGAAAACUUUGCUUCUUGGCUCCUUGAAAUCGGAACUGACAGAAACUUACGUCAGCUCACCGCAAACAUAAAAACUUAACCUUUUGGUAACAAAAUUGAGUGGAUUGCGUUAGAAAAGAACUUUCUAGUUAAAUCUAGAAAUUACAUUAGCGCACGUGUAAAGAAAAACAGGGUAGUAUGGGAUCGAAAACACCCGGAGGAUUGUGGUCUUUAAUCUGGCAUAUUAGAACUGACUGGUGGCAUGUCUUUAAUUCAAAAUUAGUGAGGGAUAGGGUAAAAUAUCUGGCCUGUUCGCUACAAUGGCGUAUGACAAUAAAUGCAGUUAAACGUUUAUCUUAUGAAUAAAGUUUCCAUGGUCCCGCAAGGCACACUCCUACCCGACUCUUAGACUACCGCACGAAAUAAAAUGGAUUUUCACAACUUUAUCAAAUACAUCUGGUUUUUAUUCGCCUCGGCAAUCUUAUCUUGGUUUGAUUCGUGCAGGUAAAACCCAAGACGAACUUCUGGCUGUAUGGCUUCAAGAAGCUAAGGCCGCGAUAGGAGGAAAGAAGAAAGGAAGUGUAGUGGACAUAUGGAAAGUGAUUGGAGAAAGAAAGGUAGGGAGCCAGGGUCGAGGUCAAGUCCCAUGAUUACUCGGAGAGAGCAACUACGCUUUGUACACCUCAACGUACUCCCCAUUAUGCCGGACUUAUCUCACCGCGUUUUCACCGAUCAAUUCCCCUCCUGUGAGCACAAAUAAAGUAUCAACUACAAUUUACGUAAUUUCCGAGUCACUCCAACUUGAUGCUAAAAAUGUUGCCACCUAACUCUGAUGAACCCAGAUUGAUUUUGCCUUAAUUUUUCGUGUAUGGCUAAUUAACUCUUGUUAUUAAUCCCACUUCUGACGCCAUGUUUCGAUUGUGGAUAGUACAGCAAAUCUCCACUAAGUUAAGUCGCCGAAGUAAGUUGUUCCAGCCUUUUUUGUGUAUAUGAUAAAUUUCAUAAUCGCGUGUUACACGUGUUUGUGCGACCUUCAGAACUGUAAAACAUCCAGAACAUCGUUGGUUUUUUCCGGCUUUGUGUUUACUGACAUCCGUCAUGUUCUUGCCUUUUAAAAACUACUGAGCUAAUGAGCGUUUUGACUUAUCAGCUUUUUAAUGUUUUCUUUUAUUCGAUCGUCCAAGAUCGGGAGUCCCGUAUUCAGGCUUGCCUUAUCCCGGUUUCUGAGAAUUGAUAGAGCAUCUGUAGGACUUCAUUUCAAUACCAGUUAUUCAUUGUUUUGUUGCAGGUACACGUUCUGAUGUGCGUCGAUAGCCCUUAUAUCGUGGAUCGCAUUUCGUUUGAGCUGCCUCUAAUGAAGCAGAUGGGUGAUAGUGUACAAAUGGAAGUCACGUCCGUCAGACCUUACGAAGCUUUUUACGAUGAUCUUGAAAAGUUAGCG